AUGUUUGCUAAUACUCUAUUAUAUCUAUUACUUUCUGCUUGCCUAUUGUUUUCCACAAUGUCUGCCCCAGUUGUCGAGACCCAGCCUGUCACCAUCACGUCAAAGAAGGAUUACCAUGAAGCACCAAACUCAAUUCUCCCGGUGACCCAAGGCGCCAGAGUCGCUCGUACUUUGGUGCUUCGUGAAUCUAUUGGUAACCUUGUCACCCUUGAUUCGAAAGACGGCUUCCCAGUCGCCUUCUCCGAAUAUUACAUCGAUGGUUACAACACAGGUGAUCCAGUGUUAAUUCUCUUGAACAUCUCUUCCACUUGGAGAAACAUAAAAAACUCAGAAGACGGCAAAAUAUCAUUCAGUAUCAGAACCGGAGACCAUCAACCAAGGGAUCAUGUCAACUUCAAUUAUCCAGGAGGUAUUGCCUCCUCCACUUCUGGGUCCCCAAGAAUUUCCCUUAAGGGGAAAAUUGUACCAAUGAAGAUCGAUGAUCCCAUCGAAUUGGCCAAACUUGAAAUCAAAUUCACCAAAAGACAUCCUGAUGCUAAAUUUUGGUUGCCAGGCAGCAAGAUCAGUGCACAUGGUGGGUUUUGGGCCAAGGUAGAGAUCGAAAGUAUAUACUUCAUUGGUGGUUUCGGUGAUAGAGCUUUCAUCGGAGCAAUACCAGUGGAUUUAUACCACGAAUCUAAACCAUUGGAUGAUGCUGAAUUAAGUGAGUUGAUGGAAGGUAUUAGUUUGAACGACAAGAAGUUCCAAGGAUUGGUUGAUAGCUAUCAAGUCCCACACCAUGUUGGUCUUGAGCUUUAG